AUGAGAUAAACAGCUGUAUAAGAGACAGAGGCAGGAGCAGAGAGCCACACAGAGUGCUCAAGAUCUCUUUCUGUCUAACACUCACUCUGAUAGUCACUGAUGUGUAAGGGGCUCUCCACCCUCCCCUCAUCAUGCCUGGAGAAGGCAAAGGAGAUGAAGGUGAAGCUAACACACCUGGCUGAGAAAUCAAACAAACACAGAGCCCAUGAGGAAAAAACUCCUCUUGAUCUCGAGUCUCUGCUCCACAGCAAGGCGGGUGUGCAGGCGUUCCACCGGUUCCUGGGCUCGGAGUUCAGUGAGGAGAACCUGGCCUUCUGGCUUGCCUGUAAUGAAUACAAGACCAUGCCUGAGACCAAACUGUCGUCUAAAGCCCAGAGCAUCUACACUCAGUUCAUCAACCCUGACGCCCCACAGGAGGUGAAUCUGGACAGUGAGACGCGCGAGGCGCUGAUGGACAGGAUGAACACGCCGGCUGCCGACAUGUUCGCCGAAGCUCAGCAGCGCAUCUUUACCCUGAUGGCCAAAGACUCGUUCCCUCGCUUCCUGCGCUCGCCUUACUGCCAGCACCCAGUCAGAGGGGCGUGAGCUGUGACAUCACACUCUCCCCGGGGGUUCUGGCAUGUCCACGCGCUGCCGCGAUUUAAAAAGAAGCUAGCAGUAAUAAAAGUGUGUUAACGUAGACGUUAGUUUACUUUAGUUAUGUCUCAAAUUGUGCACUUUUUAAUUAAUAAGUGAAUGAUGCACAAAAAAUACUGAAAUUUCUGAAAUCAGGUUUUAGGAGACACUUUUUGCAUCCCACUAUGUCACGUGGAAGGGCCGAGGACGUCAGAAUAAACUAUGUCGCUACAGAUUUGGUCAAUUAAGAGCGGCCAUUUUGAGUUGUAAAAUACAAAGUAUUAGUGUACAAAAAUACUAUUAAUUCAGUAGUGUGCAGAGCACAGGUAUUUAGUACAUGGUGUGUGAUUUGAGACAUAGCCGUGCCGUAGCAGUUAGCAUAGCAUGAUCGCAUGCAUGUGUUUCACUACUGAGUGUAGCUGUAAGCUCUGUGUGUGUCACCAUGUUUAGCAUAAAAAGUCAUCGAAUUUAGCAAAUGCUGACGAGAAAUAAAUAUAACUGGGAAACUGA